UCCCUCCCGAGGGGCCGCACUGGGGCGGCGGGAGCGGUGGAGACGAUGGCGCGGUGAAUGCCGGGCCACAGCCCUCGUCGCCCUUUGCGGCGACGCCGCCCGCUCGGCCGGGAAAUGGAGUCCCGGGCCUACCCUCUGAAUUUGACCCUGAAAGAAGAGCAAAAGGAGGAAGAGGUUGAGAUCCAGGAGUUGGAGGAUGGCCCCAUAGAUAUGCAGAAAGUACAAAUCUGCUCGGAAAGCGCGUGGGUACCAGCUCUAUUUGAUGAGGUGGCCAUAUAUUUCUCGGACGAGGAGUGGGAAGUUCUGACAGAGCAACAAAAAGCCCUCUACCGGGAAGUCAUGAGGAUGAAUUAUGAGACUGUCCUGUCCCUGGAAUUCCCAUUCCCCAAGCCAGAUAUGAUCAAUCGGUUGGAAAGUGACGAGGAGUGUCCUAAUUCUGAUGAGUGGCGGCUCCAGGGAGUAACCUUUGCAGAAAAUGAAGAAUCUGACUUUAGGACUCCAGAUUGGGCAAGCCCAAUGAAUGCCACCUCCCAUUUUUCUCAACCUCAGCACUUCAACAGCUUUGGCCUGCGUCUGCCUCAGGACAUCACUGAACUGCCUGAGUGGACUGAGGGCUACCCCUUCUAUAUGGCCAUGGGCUUCCCCGGGUACGACCUCUCAGCUGACGACUUGGCGAGCAAGUUUCAGUUCAGUCGUGGCAUGCGCCGCAGUUAUGAUGCAGGAUUCAAGCUGAUGGUGGUGGAGUACGCCGAGAGCACCAACAACUGUCAGGCUGCCAAGCAGUUUGGGGUGUUGGAAAAAAAUGUUCGAGACUGGCGCAAAGUGAAGCCACAGCUCCAAAAUGCUCAUGCCAUGCGGCGGGCAUUCCGAGGCCCCAAGAAUGGAAGGUUUGCUCUGGUAGACCAGCGAGUGGCUGAGUAUGUCAGAUACAUGCAGGCCAAAGGGGACCCCAUCACUAGGGAGGCAAUGCAGUUGAAAGCUCUUGAAAUCGCCCAGGAAAUGAACAUUCCAGAGAAAGGGUUCAAGGCAAGUCUGGGCUGGUGUCGAAGAAUGAUGAGAAGGUAUGACCUGUCUCUGAGGCAUAAAGUGCCGGUCCCUCAGCACCUGGCCGAGGACCUGACUGAAAAGCUCGUCACUUAUCAGCAGAGCGUGCUGGCUCUGCGCAGGACACACGACUAUGAAGUGGCCCAAAUGGGCAAUGCAGAUGAGACGCCCAUCUGCUUAGAAGUCCCCUCUAGAGUGACUGUUGACAACCAGGGCGAAAAGCCCAUCUUGGUCAAGACACCAGGCAGGGAGAAAUUGAGGAUCACAGCCAUGCUGGGGGUCUUGGCUGAUGGGAGGAAGUUACCACCGUACAUCAUUUUGAGGGGGACAUACAUCCCCCCUGGGAAGUUUCCCAGUGGCAUGGAGAUCCGCUGCCACCGCUAUGGAUGGAUGACUGAGGACUUGAUGCAAGACUGGUUGGAAGUUGUGUGGAGACGGAGAACUGGAGCUGUGCCCAGACAGCGAGGGAUGCUGAUCCUGAAUGGCUUCCGGUGCCAUGCCACUGACUCUGUGAAGAGUUCCAUGGAGAGCAUGAACACAGACAUGGUGAUCAUCCCAGGGGGCCUGACCUCCCAGCUGCAGGUGCUGGAUGUCGUUGUCUACAAGCCACUGAACGACAGCGUUCGGGCCCAGUAUUCCAACUGGCUUCUGGCUGGGAACCUGGCACUGAGCCCCACUGGAAAUGCUAAGAAGCCACCCCUGGGCCUCUUCCUGGAGUGGAUCAUGGUUGCAUGGAACAGCAUCUCAAGUGAAUCAAUUGUCCAGGGGUUCAGAAAGUGCCACAUCUCCAGCAACUUAGAGGAAGAAGGUGACGUCCUCUGGGAAAUCGAGGGCGAGUUGCCCAAAGAACCGCCAAAAGAAUGUGGUCCUGAAAGUGUGGCUGAGGGUGACUGAGAGGACUCAGAAAAUGGAACUGUGAUGUAAACAGUUGGGAGGAAAACUUGUAAGAAGAUGGCUUCAGAGGGACCAAAAUGGGCAGUGAGGCUCUCUGAGCAUCCUAGGUGGGGACAGCGUGAAUACCUUAUCAGACAGUCCCAUCUACCACGUCCUGUCAGUGUCUGCCAAGUCUAGGACCCUCAUGGUCAGUGACAAGAAAAGGAACCUGGUGCCCUGCUUCUUCCUUUGGAGCUGUCUCCAUCUGCCUGUAUAGAAGCCUAUAAACCCAAACGAGCAAAGGUGUUUUCUGGAGAACACCGUCUCACACCGAGUGUGAGAGUGUGUGUGUGUGUGAGUGUGUACCUUCACAGGUACUUCAGUAGAAGCUGUUUCCACACAGGCCAAGACUACAGGAAAGCUUUUGUAAAGGUGUGUUGUGACACACCGUUGGUGUGUAGUCACCCGUGUACCCCUGCUACUUCCAUGUCUCCUCACUGAGGGAAUGAGAUGUUAAUAACAAAGUGGGACACUGGCUUGGUGCAGAAGACGGCUUUUCUGUAGGUAAACUAGGUUAGGAUGCAAGAUAAAGACUUUAAUAUAAAUGAUGUUGCAGAUACCUUUCCAGUCUGGCAGCUAGACCUUUCUAGGGUCUUAUUUAAUGACCCGAUUUUUUCUGUUGUCCUCUAUAAGGCAGCCCUUGGUGCACAAGCCUUUGCUUUUCGGGCUGCCUGCAGAAGACUAAGUUCUCUCCUGUCUACACAGAACAAGGCCCACUGACUUGGUUAAUUUCUUUAAUAUUUUUGUCAAAAGGGCAAUGGGAGGGUUUGGGCCGUAAGCCACAGCUGCUGUUAGACUCCAACCAUACAAGAGUAGGAAUGAGUCACUGACAACUUCUACAGUAGUAAUUUGCAUUCCCAUGUAAGGCCGCUGCUAAGAAAAACAUUCCUUCAAAGCUGUAUGUGCUACAAAAAUUCUACCAGAACCUCAUAGGCAAAGCCAUUGCUAGCUCCGUCAUUCCAAAUACUCAGUCUGGCCACCAGGUUGCUGUGAUCACAGUUCCUUCCUCCACUCGGCUCCUGUGGAUUCUCUACGCCGUUCUCGGCAUCUUCCCCAGUUUCUACUCAGGUACUCCUGCUCCCGUUUGUCCUUCACUUUUCUCACUGUGUAACCAGUCAUAAACCUGCGCAGUUUGUCAGAGUUCCGCACACAUGACCGUGACUCCUGAGAACUCAGUGUAUUGGCAUUGUUUCCUCUUAGCUUUCUCUGUACCAUCUCGUCAUCCCCAAGUGCCAUCUAAUUAAACCCUGUUCCUCUCCAUGUUCUCAUUCAGGUUUGGGGUUUGUUUUCUUCCUUUGACUGUCCUAUUUCCAGACUCUAUUUUUCUUGCUUGAGAGCUUAAAAAAUGUUAUGUUUAGGUUUCCACACAAAAGACAGUUAUCUUAAGAGUAGAAAAUGAGCCGGGCAUGGUGGCGCACGCCUUUAAUCCCAGCACUUGGGAGGCAGAGGCAGACAGAUUUCUGAGUUCGAGGACAGCCAGGGCUACACAGAGAAACCCUGUCUCAAAAAAAAAAAAAAAAAAAAUAGUAGAAAAUGGGUUUAACCCUUUUCAUCCCCAUACCAUCACUAUCAGCUGAGAUGCCUACAGGUUACAUAGCACUGGAACUUUCUAUAGUGAUAGUUCUGCUGUCCGGGUCUUCUGGGCACAUUCUUCCACUGACUUAAGAUGAUCUAUGCCUAACAGAGCCCCAGUACAACCAUUGAGCAGAAUAGCUGUUUCCUGAGAAUUACCAUAGCUCACUGGGACUGGUACUCCCUACUAGAUAGAAACUGAUCCCAGUAAUAAACUUUGAUAAUAAAGACAAUAGGCUCUGGUGAUUUUAUUUGCUGGUGUUGUCCAAAGUUUAAAAGCUAUUGCCUCUGCAUCACACCGUUGAAGCAGUCUCCUGGCAUGUACUCUAAGUGGUGCAAGCAUUGGUUUAAAAGAAGGGAAUGUGGGGUUUUAAACUAACUCUUAAAAGUUGGAGAGGUUUAGAUAGGUUUCUUCUGUAAGUCAUGUCUUAGCAGUGUUACAGUCAGUAUGAAAGUUACAGAUGAGUCAAUGUGCCAAGUUGUAAUUUUCAUAAAUUUCUCAAGUGAAAGCAUAUUCACAGGCCUCUACUGUGUGCUCUUAAGCACAGAAGUAUUGGAUUGACUUGGUCACAGUGGGGGAAACAAAGUACUAGAGGGCUACAGUGAAUGACUAAGGUAUGUGCCUGGUAAAGGCAGACCGUUGGUGUGUAGUCACCCGUGGCCAAACACGCUACUAAAAACUUACAGUCAAAAUAACUUGGGAGUAACUAAUUACACUGUUUCUAACAGCUUGCUUCAAGUACUUAUAAGUGAUUUUUGACAAUAUGUAUUUAUUAUUUCCUAAUUGUAGGAGAUUGCACAUAGACUCAUGACUAGAUGAGGUAACAGAAAUGGAGCCAGCCUUUGGUGGAAAACAAAAAUUGAAAUCCUUUUCAGGAACUCUUAAAUAUCUUAAUUCUUAUUAUGUCCCUGCCUUACCUCCAACCCCAUCUGCCCACUUCAGAAAAUCACUUGACAACUGGCAUGGAAGACAGACCCGAGUAUAAACCUAAAACAGGAUAGAUCUGGAGCCUUGUGCUCUGGUCUCACUGGAGAGGUCACUAAGUAUAGACCAGGGCCUAGCACAGUGAACAGCUUUGAACUUAGAGCAUGCUCUGCUACACCACCUUUUGGAAUUCUCCAUUGCUGGGGGCAGCCAAGACCAGUUGCCACUCCUAACUGCCUCUCUGAAUUCAGGAAAGUAUACAACACACCCACAUCCUGGGCAGCACAGAGACCUUUAUACAGCAGCAGUGUGUAUCCAUCACUCCAAAUCCUUUUAACCUCUAAAUGUUCUUAGUGUCACCCACCUGACACCCUAAAAGGUUUGCUAUCAACUUGUUUGUUUGUUUGUUUUAACCUUAGACUACUUAUCACUAAAUGCAUACCUUAACAAGAACCUGCCUUUGGCACAUUCUUUUGAAGUU